AUGCCUUUGCGGAAACCUGCGCCAGCAAAACUUAAGUGGCGCUCAGAAUUUUCAGUAACGCUGGAAGUGCCUCUUUCUACUGCUGACCGCUGGUAUCGCUACGAGUAUAAGGAAUCAGGUUUAGACUGGGAACAGAGUGCGCAACAUGUGGAUGCGCCAAUCGGUGCCGUAGAGGUGAUUUUGAAUGACCUCAACCCAACCUGUACAUAUGAAGUGCGCAUUUACGAGGUUUCCCAGGCCGCAGGUGAUAGAGAGCAAGUGUCAGCGCCCAGUGACAUUGCUGCAGUGGAUACUGAAGUACCAGGUUGUGGGCCCGACUCAGCCCGACGCUGCUUAUGCACGAUUCAAUAA